UGUAGUGAGGUCAGCAAGAUGCGGUGCUCACGGACCACAGAUGGUGUUAGUUGGCUUAGGGAACAUGCAGUUUGACAGCGGCAACUAGACAGGAUGUUAUGCAGAAUCAUCAACACACCGGGGAUAUGGGGUGCUUAAUUGCUGUGAAUGAAUAGAUGAACGACGUUGAAGUUUGAUUGCCUGAAGGUUUAUUUUGAGAUUCUGUGCGUAGUUUCUUGCUCCUCUCUUGACCAAGUAGGCACUUGACUUGAUCUGGUUGGAUCCUUAUGCACUCCACCUUUCGGAUAUCCUUGGAGCACGAAGGUUGUGAAUAUAUGAUGAAGUUUAAACCCAACCAGACGAGGAUUUAUGAUGGCGAAGGUUUCAAGAGAAGAGCGGCAUGUUUAUGUUUCAAGAAUGAAAAAGAGGACGAGGUGUUGCUGGUGAGCAGCAGUCGGCACCCAGACCAGUGGAUUGUCCCAGGAGGAGGGAUGGAGCCUGAGGAGGAGCCGUGUGGAGCAGCAGUCAGAGAGGUGUAUGAAGAGGCUGGUGUAAAGGGAAAGCUUGGCAGGCUACUGGGGGUUUUCGAACACAACCAGGACAGGAAACACAGGACGUACGUCUAUGUCCUGACUGUGACAGAGACCUUGGAGGACUGGGAGGAUUCUGUCAACAUCGGUAGGAAACGGAAGUGGUUCAAGAUCGACGAGGCUAUCCAGGUGUUGCAGUGCCACAAGCCUGUCCAUGCGGAGUACCUGCACCGACUCACAGUCACCUGUAACCCCACCUGCAGCUCUACCUGUUGUGACCCCACCAAUGGCAACACCUGGGUCUCCCCCCUGACGGACGACAAAGCCCCUCACUACGUCACCUCCACACAGGGGACAGAUAGAGGACCACCCUUGGUCAACAGAUAGGAAAGACAUCGCAAUCAAAUCAAAGGAACCAGCAUCAUAAGAGGACCUAGCCUAGGUGCCAGUCUGUUUCUGCCAUCUUGCCAACUCCUUGUGGUCAUGUUUGGCUUUCUAUCAUCAGAAUGACAUCAACCUCAGAGUCAGAGGUCUUUUGUUUCAAGUUAUUCUUAUUCUACAUUUUGAUUCCAUAAAGUCAGUCUACUACGUUCUUUGGUCAAUGCAGCCCUUUGGUGAACUGCUUUCUAUGGGAAGUAGCUCUGGUAGGCCAAUAGAAGGUAGUGUUCGCUCUAGAAAGGCUCAUGUCCUUUAUGCCAAAACCCCAAUUGCUGUUUAGUUUAAGUGAGUCUCAUAACUUUAUCUCUUCACUGCCAAAGUACAUGUCAUAGAGAUAUCUCCUGUUGAACAAGUAAAUAACUUAUUUGGUUAAGUGAUAUCUAAUUUUUAGUUUCCCAUUUCCUACUGCUUAUAGUUGUAUAGUAAUAAGUAGCACCAUUUCCAUGUCCUUAUGAGCUGUUUUCUAGUUUACAUAGUGAGUUUGAAAGAGCAGCUUUGGCCUAGAAACUGGAUCAUUUAAAAGACUGUUUGCUUAUCUACAACCACACAGUAUUGCGCAAGAACAAAAGCCCAAUAAUGGUUUUAACAAAUAUGUUUUGAGUGGGAAAAUGUUUUAAGUGGGAACAUAUUCCAAGUUACAUUGAUAUUUUUCUGUGAGGGCUCUAAUAUAACUUACAGGGAUAUUUUUCUGUGUCGGCCUGCAUGAUUGACUAGUGAAAGCAUAAAGGCCUGUGACUGACAUGUCUUUCAAACGGAACACAGAACAGAGUCCUAUCAAGUGUCUUAACAGCCAUAGUAACCUGUUGUAAUGUGUGUCAAAUUCAUAAGAUGUGAAUGUGGGCACUGGGAGGGAAAACAGAUCAUUUUAGCACAGAUACUUUUACUAGCCUGGUGAAACCAGCCUAAUUGUGUGAUAGCUCACAUUUAGUUUCACUUGACAAUUAAAAAAAAAAAAAAUGUGAGUACAUCGGUCAGUCUGCUUGACCAGGCUAUUUUUUUGCUGGAGGAGAAAUAUAUUGUCAUAGAAAGGUUUGAGAGGGCUUGUGCCUUGAGCUGAUUGUCAAGGAGACUAUGAUGCUUUUGCAUUGUAUUUAGAAUGUAUGUGAGGAUUACAUUUUUUGAUAUGUACAUUAUUAAUGGCCGCCGCCAUUAAUCAUUAGAAUUUUGAGUAUUUAAACAGGACAGAGGAUACACAAGAAUAUCUGCUCUGGCAGCUCUGGCUUUGACAUGUAACUGAAAGGAUCAAAAACUGAUGCUAUUAUAAAAUAGCAUGUGUUAGUUAUUUUAUCUUUCCAAUCAAAGUGAUUGAGGGUUACACAACUGCAUGUGUACACAAAUGUGUACCCAUAAUGUGUUCUCUGCUCUUCACUCUCGUUCUUAAAUAAAGAUACUGUGUUUAAAUA